AUGUUAUUCAAAUCAUUACAAUUAAUUUCAUUGAAAUCAUCAUCAUCAAACUCAAAUACUACAUUUGGAAAUGUUUUAUUAAAUGGACAAUAUCAAAGUAUCAACAACGUUACAUUCUUAGAUCAUACCAAGGCUUUAGCAGAUAGCGCAAAAAAUAAACUCAAUGCUGCAAUGCAUAAUCUAUAA